AUGGCGGUGGACGCAGCGAUAAUUGGCGAAGAAGGACGGUCAGGUGCCGGCGUGGCACAGCUGCCCACUCCCGCACUCUCGCCCAUCGAUGAGCAUGAUGAGAACAGGGAGAAUCGCUGCGAUGGCCUAGAUGCGAAAUUGAUCGGUCAUACGCAAUCACAUGGCAGCGAGUCUGUGCCUCCCGCGAAUGGGAUACUGGAGAACGGCAAUGGGCAGAGCCAGGACACCAGCAAAAAGGUCGUGGACACGCCAGAACUGCCGCCCAAGGAUGUGCAGAACGAAAACGCCAAGGCGCUGAAGCUGUCUCCCCGCCAGCUUGAUGACCUUGUGACAUCGCCGGAGUCUCUGCCAGUCCGUCCAGUAUCUCAAACUCUUGAAGACAUCCCGGACCUGGCUAAUGGACUGGAAAUUAAUGGUGUUCCACACUCUCUACAACCACCAUCGACCCUUCCGGACUCCGCUACAAAGGCCUCAACCAGCGAGUCGGCGGCAGAUGUCGGAUUACAUGGCAAGAUAGGGCUUUCGAGUGUUGAAGCCACACCUGGCGCACUCACGGGUACCAGGCCACGCAAUCCUACGCGUUCAGCCUCGUCUCCGCUGAUGCCGCGGAAGCAAUCCACUCCUAAGGUCAACAAACACAAGCCGGACCUGCCGUUGCUCAGGACCGCCGAUGAAGAUGGUCAUGCAUCACGGCAUAGUGCAAAGCCCUCACCUAAACCAGACACGCUGUACUCACCAAUGCCUGCUUUGCUGCCUGUACCGCCUAUGUCUCUACCUACCUACCUGCAACUUGAGCUUGCGCCAGACCGGCCGUCCGCAUUGUACAUACACCGCUCGACAGCCAACGAGCUCCCAUACGAGUCAUCUCAGGCGAAAUUUGUGCGCCUGCUUAAUUUCCUGCUCUUGCCACCAAAUCUUGAACAGGUCUUGUGCUUUGGGACUGUGGCAUGUUUAGAUGCUUGGCUGUUCACCUUCACCAUCCUGCCACUGCGCUUCCUGAAAGCACUCACAGUGCUGAUACAGUGGUGGCUCCGGACGUCGCUGAGGGAAGUGCAGUACCUUGCAUCAUUCGUGUAUUCCGGCCUUGGCAGAGUGUGGCAGCGUAGAAGACAGAGCUCGGUGUCCGACUCUCGCCGACCAUCUUUGGUUACUGAUGAGGGUUCGCGAAGGCCAUCGAUUCCCAGCUUGAACUCUCAUGCCGCCCCGAGGCUCGACGGACAUGCGUCCUUCAGCGACGUCAACACAAAGGGUCGUAAGUCUGGGACAGGCUUUCGUCAUCGCCGGAGUCGCUCAGUACCAUCCGCCCUUCUGCCCGACCAUAAAGCAGAUCUACUACAAGGUUUACUGAUUGCUGCUUCGUGCUUUUUCUUGAUGUGGUUUGACGCCAGUCGUAUGUACCACAGCAUCCGUGGUCAGUCCGCCAUCAAGCUUUACGUCAUCUACAAUGUGCUCGAGGUCUUCGAUCGGCUCUUCAGCGCACUCGGCCAGGACAUACUUGAAUGCCUUUUUAGCAAGGAAACUCUGGAACGCAAUGAGAACGGUCGCAGUAAGAUCAUACGACCGCUCUGGCUGUGGACGCUGGCACUCAUUUACACUGUCCUGCAUUCGACGGCACUGUUCUAUCAAGUCGUCACCCUCAACGUGGCAGUGAACAGCUACUCAAAUGCCUUGCUCACACUUCUGAUGAGCAAUCAAUUUGUCGAGAUCAAAGGCACAGUGUUCAAGAAGAUUGAGAAAGAGAAUCUCUUUCAGCUCACUUGUGCCGAUAUCGUCGAACGCUUUCAGUUGUGGCUUAUGCUGCUCAUCAUAGCACUCCGCAAUGUGGUAGAGCUUGGUGGACUGGGCAUCAGUAUGACGGGUGGAUUUGGCGGAGCAGCUACAUCGACUGGGAGUCUUGGUGGCAACGCGACAGGCCUACCUCUCACGUCAGGCUUUGCCAUACCGCGCGCUUUUACUCUACUGCCGAAAUGGAGUGGCGAGCUUCUUGGUCCGUUUCUGAUCGUGCUCGGCUCAGAAGCUCUCGUAGAUUGGUGCAAGCAUGCAUAUAUCGGCAAGUUCAACAACACAAAGCCAAACAUCUACAAUCGCUUCCUGGACGUGCUUGCUAAAGACUACUAUACCCAUGCCUUUUCCGAUCAGAACCUCACAAAGCGACUUGGUUUGCCUGUAAUCCCACUAAGCUGUCUUUUUAUCCGUGCUUGCGUGCAGACAUACCACAUGUUCCUGGCUACCCAUGUACCACCACCUAUACCGUCGAUGGCGACUGCAGUCAGCCUGGAGAAUGAGGCCAGCUCCACAAGCCCUGCCACUACUGCGGCAUUGCAACACAUUGACCGCAUCUUCCGACAUGCUCUUGGUAGGUCGACAUUUGGUGCCGGCAGCCAAAGUGCCAGCACGUUCAGCUGGUGGAGCUUGGACGACGUAAUAGCACUCGCCACUAUGCUCACAUUCUUCCUUGCCCUCUAUCUGGUCUUGCUGGCAUUCAAGCUUCUCCUUGGCAUGCUGCUCCUCACGUACGCCCGGAAGCGUUACCAAGGAAUGAAAGAGCGUGAGCGCCAAGUCACCAGCAUAGCGGACGGAAAACGUGCAGGUGUGGGAGCGAUGACGGAAGUUGAUGAAAGCAAGCGGGAGUGGAUCUAUGCGGAUGAUGCAGAUGGUUUGAAGGCUAUGAGAGAGAAGGAACAGAGAGGUAGGAAGCAGAGCCGAGAGAAGGGUGAUAAGCUGGAGAAUGUGGAUAGGUAUACUAUGGCCGCUAAGCGGAUAUGGUAG